AUGGUGCCUCAACCACUAAACCUCGCCAAGGGUUCUUUUCUUUCAGCUCCAAACGCACGAGCCUUUGGACCAAAGACACCAACAGAUAUACCAAAUUUCACUCAGGCCUCAAGUCCACCACGUCUCAUAGCCCCAAGACAGCGUCGCCGCGCUACAGUAAUCGCAGUCAAUAGCAGAACACCACCCCACUUCGCCUUGCAGUCUCCCCCACGCAGGCGUAAGAGCGCAACUGAUCGUCGCAAGAGUUUGCAGCCGCAUCUCUGCUCCGCGCAGAGUCUCACCUUACGCAAUCCAAGCAAUGGCCUUAUGCAGCAGGGCUCUGCGAUACGCAAUAGUCUGUGCGACUGUACUUCAGGCCUGGAUAUAAAGUUGACGGAGCUUUGCGUCGAGCAACCAGAACGCGAGCCUCGGCGCUCACCGGCGCUGUUUGCGCCUUGUCGCUGGAGUAUUCCUUCACCUACGCCAGGAAGCUCUUUUGAGAAGAGUGACCAGGUGUAUCAGUUUCAGGGUUAUCGUGGUGGGAGCCCACAUGCAUUUGAUGAGAAAUCAAAAGAGUUGUUUCAGAGUCUUGGCAGCGAUGGGGUUGUACGGCUUUGCUUCAGAUAUCGCACUGUCGAGCGAGAUCCAAGCGGGAAGUUGGGUUGGGAUGAGAGGACAUGCAUGGCGAUUACUGAUAUUACGCUGGGGAUUGAUCUUCCCGAUGAGUUCUGGCUGGCGAUUAGCUCGGACAAAGAUUCAGUCUUGAGCGACGUGUCAUUCGAUCUAAGAAUGCGGCCACUUCAAGAAACGGAUACGAGCCAUGUUAUAAAGACCAUCCCCGGCAAACAUGCAUCAACGAUGAACGACCAGAAUUUGCAGCUUGCACUGAAAUGGAUCAAAGGCUGCAAUCGCUCACAUCCCAUUUGCAAGGAAUUCCAGCCACAACAGCCAAAUUGGCGUCCAACGAGACUUAUCCACAUCGGGUCAAAAGCCCAGCAACCUCGACUAGUCAUGCCAUCAUCAGCAGUACCUUACAUUGCGCUAAGCUACUGCUGGGGAACUCAAAACACGGUCACUCUCACAGAAGCAACACUGAUUCAAUUCCAAAACGAAAUUCCUUUGGCGAGCUUACCACCCACCAUCUGCGAUGCAAUCGCUACGACACGAGAUCUCGGCUACGAAUAUCUGUGGGUAGAUGCGCUCUGCAUCAUUCAAGAUUCCAAAUCCGAUUGGAUCAAAGAGUCCUCACAGAUGGGCAGCAUCUAUGGUUCGGCAGCUCUCACCCUCGCAGCAGCUGGUGCAUCAAGCGUAAAAGACUCAAUAUUCAGCCGUCGCGAUCCCCGGGCAGUAAGACCAUGCGUCGCAAACAUCAUCCAAAGUUCGGUAUAUCACCGAGUAAGUUACCCAUGGGCUAUUUACCCGCACCAACCUGAACGCCUCCUAUUCGACACCAUCAACGAGAGUCCUUUGAGCCGUCGAGCUUGGGCGUUGCAGGAACUGUUAGUAUCACCACGGACUCUGGUCUUUGGAUCCAAGCAAUUGGCCUGGUCAUGUGCGACGACAGAAGCAAGCGAGACGUUCCCGGUUGGCUUGAAUCCAAAGUUUAGCUCUGUAGUGAACGAGGGUGCAAGUUUGUCGUAUCUUCGCCAAAAGCUCAUGAGAGCUUCAAAGUUGGAAGAAGAGCCCUCGGAGUUUUGGAAUGGUUUUAUUAGCAGGUAUACCAAAGCUCGACUCACAUUUAGUUCCGACAGACUCGUUGCGCUACAAGGUAUCGUCGAAAGAAUCAGUGAAGCAAGAAGAGGAUUAAGCAGAGGUACACCUGAGCUGGAAUACGUCGCCGGUCUCUGGCGCGAUGCGAAUUUCCUGCAGAGCAUCUUGUGGCGUCACAAGGCUGGAUCAUCACUCAAACGGCGAGACUAUUAUCGCGCUCCGUCAUGGAGCUGGGCGUCGUUGGACGGCGAGGUUGACUUCUUUGAGCAAUACAUAUCGUGGAUCUGGAACGGGAAGAACGCCGAUCUUGCAAGGAUAUUGGGUGUUUGUGUUGAGCCGCAGACUGGAUACUCGCUUUCGACGACUGGUCAGAUUAAAUCGGGCCUUAUUGAGAUGGAAUGUCAUUUACGGGCGUGCUACUUGAUGAAGACACCACAAUCGGAAGACUCGCCGAAUCUUAAAGAGGAGGAUAGAUAUCUCAUCAUAUCCUCUGAUGAAUAUGACGAGAUGUCUGCAAAUCCUUCCCUCAAAGACCCCACAGAAGGGAUGAAGCAAGUACACAAAUUCGCCAACUCCUGUACCAUAGAUAUACCAGAAGAAAUACCGUUCUCGCAGUGGGUUCAGGUUUAUUGCGUUCCUCUGCAAUUGGGAUGGUGUCAAACCGAUCGCUACGAACAGGCCGUAUGGGAGAGCUACGAAGGCUUAAUCCUUAUACCUCAUGAUGCUGGAGAGGAAGAUCUAUUGACCUCCGAAGGGUUCUGCAUUCUGUCUCAGACUUUCCGUCGAAUCGGGACAUUUACUUUCGAUCUUCAUGAGGAUAAUAGAGAAGCGCGAGAAAAUGAACUGUGGGGUCCGGUGUUGUUUGAUAGAGAGGGCAAUUGGGAGAGAAAGAGGGAAACAGUGUGUAUCAUUUGA